CGGAAUUGCACUAUAAGAUGAAGGAGAAAGGCUGCUGCAGUUACCGGGCGUGGCAUCCUUUUAGGAAGUAUAAAAUUUUGUUCAACCUCUACUCCCCUAGCUAUUUAACAUUACUCUUCCCUUUUAUGAUGAAUUAAAACCAAUCCUUAACAAGCAUCUAUUGUUCUAAUGUUUUGUUUUUGUCCCAGUGAAAGAAAUUGUCCUUCACAUCUCAAAGCCUAUUAUCUAAAGGCUUAAAUCUGUAAGGAAAAUAAAAAGAGUAUUUCUAACUGGAACAUUCAUCAGCUUAAGGAGGAGGCCUUUUCUCGCACGCCAAGUCGGCGCUAAAGUGAGUCCCAUGCCGAAGGUCCCACACCUUCGGAGUUGGAGGCUUUCAGCUUUGUCAACGAUAGAAACCCAUCGUUAUCUAAAAUCAUUGCCCAGCUUUCAUCAUUGUCUAAAACACCGGCUCUCAUCUUCGUCUUCCCUUGGCGUCCCAAGUCAUGAGCAUAUUGCCCAUCUGAUACUAGACCAGAAAUCAGCAGAAGCAGCUCUGCAAACCUUCCAUUGGGCUUCAAAGCUCCCAAAUUUCACUCAUUCGCAAUCCACCUACCGUGCUUUGAUCCACAAGCUCUGUGCUUUUCGCCGUUUCAACACUGUCAAGGAACUGCUCGACGAAAUGCCCACCUCAGUAGGCGUGCCGCCAGCUGAAGAUAUACUUGUCGCCCUUGUUCGGGGCCUGGGACGAGCCCGGAUGGUCCGGGAUGUCAUCAAGGUUCUUGAUUUGGCUCCCAAAUUUCACAGCACCCCUUCUUUGAAGAUUUUCAAUUCAAUACUCGACGUUCUUGUUAAGGAAGAUAUCGAUUUGGCUAGGAACUUUUAUAGGAAGAAGAUGAUGUCAACUGGUGUUCAAGGUGAUGAUUACACUUUUGGGAUAUUGAUGAAAGGUCUUUGCUUGACUAAUAGAAUUGCCGAUGCAUUUAAGCUUUUGCAACUCAUCAAGUCCAGCCCUGUAAAGCCAAACACUGUGAUGUAUAACACUUUGAUUCAUGCUCUAUGUAGAAAUGGCAAAGUUGGGAGCAAGAAGCUUGAUGAAUGAGAUGCAGGACCCAAUAUCGUUACCUUUAAGUGCUUGAUUUCUGCUUUAUGUAAAGAAGAAAAUUUAGUUCAAGCCCUUGUGUUGUUGGAGAAGAGCUUCACCAUGGGAUUUGUACCGGAUGUCAUCACCCUGACCAAGGUGCUGAAAAUUCUCUGCAAUGCUGGCCGUGUAGCAGAAGCCCUUGAGAUUUUAGAGAGAGUUGAGAGCAAGGGAGCUGUAGUUGAUGUGUUAGCUCAUAAUACUUUGAUAAAUGGUUAUUGUAGAAUAGCAAAGGUGAAACUUGGGCAGCGCCUUUUAAAGGAGAUGGAGCGUAAGGGCUGCCUCCCAAAUACUGACUCAUAUAACAUACUGAUCUCUGGUUUCUGUGAGUCUGGCAUGCUGGAUUCAGCUCUGGAUAUGUUCAGAAUGAAGACAGUUGGGAUCAGUUGGAACUUUGUUACAUAUGAUACAUUGAUUAAAGGACUCUGUUCAGGAGGGAGGAUGGAAGAUGGCUUUAAGAUUUUAGAGCUGAUGGAGGAGAGUAAGGGUGGUUCAAGGGGCCAUAUUAGACCUUAUAAUAAUGUGUUGUAUGGUUUGUACAAGGAGAAUCGUUUGGAGGAAGCAUUGGAGUUCCUUUCCAAAAUGCAAAAUUUAUUUCCUAAAGCUGUGGAUAGGAGCUUGACGAUAUUGGGGUUUUGCGAGGAGGGCAGCAUUGAGGAUGCAAAGAGAGUUUACGAUCAGAUGGCUGGGGAAGGAGGGAUUCCAAGUGUACUUGUUUACGAUUGCUUAAUUUGUGGAUUUUGCCUAAAAGGGUGUGUGCGAGACGCAGUUGAACUGAUGAAUGACAUGGUUGGCUGUGGUUAUUUUCCAGUAGCAUCAACAUUCAAUGCUGUAAUUAGUGGGUUUUGCACUCAAGGUAAAUUUGGUAGUGCUUUAAAGCUAAUGGAGGACAUGGUUGGAAGAGGUUGCAUACCUGAUCGAGGGAGUUACAGUCCAUUGAUCAAUGCUCUUUGUAUGAAGGGGGAUAUUCAGAAGGCUGUAAUGCUUUUGCUACAAAUGUUACAAAAGAGUAUAACACCUGAUGAUUUGACAUGGAAUUCAGUACUUCUGUGUCUUAGUCAAGAAAGAGAAUGGUUGAAGAGCAAGAAGGCGUUGCAUGUAAAUAACCUAUUACAGAGGAUUAUUGAGACCUGAAACAUUGGCGUGACUGACUCAUCUCAUUCAGAAUGAUCUUUGGGAUACAUCACCACUUGCUCAUAUUGAAGAGAUUCUUGAAGCGAGGAGCCAAAAUGUUCAUGCUUAUGGAUGUUAGAACUAGAAUCAGAAUAGCUGGAAAAAAAUAAGAAAAUAAGAAAGGGAUGUAAGGUGAGGAUUCUUUUCUUCAAUAAAAGUCAUAGUUCUAGCAUUGCCAGUGAAGUUUUCGAGUCGAUUGUCAUUUAAAUUCAAAAACAAAUGUAAUUGUAGCACAAAAUUUUAAAAAUUCAGAAUUCGGACGGGUUGAAAGGGUAUUAUGCUGAGCCUAUGAAUUUGCACUUUAUAAUUGUGUAUUCUCCC